GGCAUCUUCGAGAUGUGGUCUAGAAUAUAGCUUCAUAGCUGUGGAAUUGGGAUUCAAACGUCAAACGCAUUGAAAAGGAGCUUCCUAAACUGACGUGUCUCACAAUAAAGCAAGUAUAGAAAAAAAAUUCAGCUUCAGUUUGGCCGGUUGCAAUAUACUUUUUGGAGGAAAAGUUUUUUAUCUACAAGGAAACGACUCGAGAAGUAUAUGUGCUUUUUACCUUUGCCUUUGGUACCUUUUUCACUCACUCAACGAAAGAACAACACGUCAACAGCUUUUUUCCAUAAAUGCCGGGAACAAGGAUUACAGAUGAAGAUCGGAGGAAGAUUGGUCGUAAAUUCAUUUGCACCAGUUGUGAUUUACUGCUAUCAACUCCGAUGCAGACUUCUUGUGGUCAUUUGAUGUGUGCUUCAUGUGUUGAUGUUCUGCUAGAGAGCUCAAACCCAAGAUGUCCUGAUGAUGGCACAGAAUUGACGAAAGAUCAGGUAUUUCCUGAUGCAUUCACUAAACGUGAAUUGCGAGCAUUGUCCUUACAUUGUGCUAACCCUGGCUGUCGUUGGCAUGGCACGUAUGUUGAACUAGAGGCUCAUUCCCUGGUGUGUGAACAUGCGCAGAUCAACUGUGCCAAAUGUAAGAAGAAUUUCCAACGUUCUCAUUUGAGUGAGCAUUCGAAGAACGAAUGUGAAUAUCGCAACGUGAAGUGUAAUCAUUGCUACAAAGAUAUUCCAUUUGCUUCUCUUAAGGAUCAUGUCACUACAAGCUGUGAGGGUGCGCCAGUGACUUGCAAAUUCUGCAAGCAAAAGGUUUUGAGACGAGACCUUGAAAGACACGAACAAGUCGUGUGUGAAGAGGUUCCAGGAGAAUGCGAAUUUCAGGCCGUGGGUUGUAAUCAUGACAAGACUUUAAAACGAAGGGAGCUACGCCAACAUAUGAAUGACGGUUUGAUUGACCAUGUUCGAUUUUUGCUCCAGUUUUUUCUCAAUUUGCUUUCUCAACUUGGUACAUAUGUCCCACGGCCAGAGUUUGCAGGAAUCAUUCAGAAAAUACGCGAUGAUAUCUCCGAAGUUCGUUCAGGUUUGGCUGAAAAGUUUGUGAUGUUGGUUGGAAAGUUAACUGGGUUGGAGAGGCGAAUUGAAGGUUUGGAGGCAGGUGGUGGCCAUGGGAGAGGGAGUGAUGAAAUCCGUGAGUUGAGAGCGAGUAUUCAGAGCAUGACCACCGAAAUCAACAGCUUAGCUGAAAAAGUGAGAAGUUUGGAGCGAGAAUUGAGAGAAAAAGAUGCACAAAUCGACCGGAUGCGAAGUAGAAUGGAUCAAAUUGACGAGUCUCUUGCCCUUAACACCGUGAAAAUCACUGAUUUGGAGUCGCAGCGAGGACCACGUGCACAGCAGCUCAUUCAUAGCUACAAUGGUACCUUACUGUGGAAGAUUGACAACUAUCAGAGAAAACGUCAGGAUGCUAUCAACGGAGUGAAGACGGCCUUGUAUAGUCCACAUUUCUACAGCGCUCAGUACGGGUACAAAUUGUGUGCAAAGAUCUAUAUGAACGGAGAUGGAUUUGGGAAAGGAUCGCAUUUGUCCUUGUUCUUUGUGGUGAUGAGAGGUGAUUAUGAUUCUCUUCAAACCUGGCCAUUUCAAAAGAAGAUAACCAUGAUGCUCUUGGAUCAAGGUAACGGUGAUCACAUGGUCGAUGCGUUUCAUUCUGAUCCCCAAAGUUCCUCUUUUCAACGCCCAAAGUCUGAUAUGAAUAUCGCGAGUGGUUCUCCGUUGUUCAUGCCUAUUGAUAGUUUAAGUAAUCGUCAAUAUAUCAAAGACGAUGUUAUGUUCAUCAAGAUCAUCGUAGAUUAGCCGAACAGGUCGGAAUUUUGUCACUGGUUAUCACCACAGUACAUAUUGCUAGAUGUCGGGGUGUGUUGCUGGCGACAGGAUUCCGACAUGUUUCUGGAUCUAUUUACGUGAUACUACAGCAUACAAUGAAGUCGAAAAUUGUAAGCCUUUGUUUUGAACUAAAGUCGUUGAUUGUGCAGUGAACAACCACAGCAGCAAGGGCAUAUUAUGGUGGAACAUUUUGUUUUUAUCGUUUCGUUUCCAUUAUACAUCGAAAAGUUGAAGUGAAUCAAGUCUUUUCACUCUCAUUCUCGUCGUCUUUCAUAAUGUGAACUCAAAUACAUUACUUGCUUUUGCAUAUUUCUGUUGUCCUGUUCUUAUGGUUAGGCACACGUAUGGAAUACGUUCAAAAAAUUUGUCUUUCAUUGGUGAAGUUUUUCCGGGUCUUGAUUCAGGCCUGAUGAUGUUUCUUUUCAGAAAUUGAUGUGUUGCUUAUAGAUCAGAAGUCUGAAAAUGACGCCUUUGGAUUUCUUAAUAUUUGAAUUCGUGUUUCUCAGUUCUUAUCCCAUAUAAGAAUUCUUCUUUCUUGCCUAAUUCUGCUAGUUUGUUCUUCAGUGAUUCAUUGCAAUAGGAAAAUACAUGUCAUUUACAGUUAAGGCUUAAGCAUUUCAAAUUCAAUUCUUCGAUGCCUCUUAACUGAGUUCAGUUUUCGUAAAAUAAUGCGUCAACUUCUCGAUUAUCGAUUGUUUUUAUCCUUUUCUUUGCUUUGUUUCCUCCUGUAUCGUCUUGUUUCGUCUUAUAUCUGUUUUCAGACAUUUCUUUUGCAUUCUUACAUUUUUGCAGGAUAUACACAGGACACUUUCAACAAUUGUUCUUUCUUCAUGGCCACGUUUGUUCUGCGUCAAUUUCUUGCCUGAUGAUGUUUCAUUUCAGAAAUUGAUGUAUUGCUGAGUUAUGGACCAGAGCAAUCGAAACUGUUGGAUUAUGAAAUAUUGUCGUAUAGUGUUUCCUAAUUGUUAUCCUUUAUAAAGAAUUACUUUCUCCACUUUUCCUCACUUCGUCUAGUAUGUGCGUAGAGCUUUGGGAUUAUCGUUGUAUAGGAUCGAUAGAUAUCGUAAGAUAUUUUCUUCAUGACGGUGAGUUUAUGCCCAUAUAUCUGCCAUGUAUCUUUACAGUGACUUGAGAAGAGUUGUUGCGUGCGUGUUUGUAAAGGCUUUGUCUGAAGAGAUUCUUGCUUCUAAGCCGGAAAAUUUCGUGGUUGUGCCGGUCUUUCUCUUACUAACAUCUUCCAGUUGGCUACCUAUUGUUGGCUAUUUUCAUGAGUUGUCCUUGUCUGUCAGUCGGUCGUUCAAACUGCAUUCAAUUUAACGUUUUUCAAAGCAAGGCAGGCUGUUAAAGGUCAAGAAUUCCUAACCCGUUGCGUUUUGUCGUGUUAUAACACGAAUAAAGAGUGCUCUCAUAACCUUGUAUGCUUCGUAAAUAUAAAUAGAUCUAUUAUGGCUGGUAUUAUUUUAACACAAUUGUAUGUUUAUAUAUAUAUAUAAGUCUCAUUUAAAACGUUUAGUAAAUUGGUAAAACCAAAAAUGCUCAUUUCAUUGUUUACCGAAGACGAAGACGUCUCGUGACGACUUCAGAUGGUUGAAAAACUAGUUGAUUUUGGCAUUUUGCAAUUUACUAUACAAUAACUAUACAGAUAAGUGCAAAGGAUGAUGGAUAAAGCUCUAUUCGAGGGGGAAGCUUAUAUA